AUGCCAUUUGUGUUACCUCAGUCACCUCGGUGGCUCUUGGUGCAUGGCCACCGCGACAAGGCCAUCCUAGAACUCAAACGCCUCGAUUUCAGUGCAGUCGAGGCCGAGAAAGAUCUGCUUGGUCCUGCUGCCGAACAGCAGAUGUCUGUGCGACAGCCAGGUGCCGUCGAGGGACUUACAAUGCUCUUCCGUCAGCCGUAUCGGAAACCUGCGAUGCUCGCUCUCUAUGUCUUGGGAGUCAUUCAGCUCAGUGGAAUAGACGGAGUCGUCAUUGUCGGCGGUUGCGUUCUUACCUUUUGCAUGUUCACGAUAGGCAUACUCUACGCUUCAAACUCUGUGACACCGCAGAACCCAGCUCGCUGGCUUGUCAUCGUUCUGGUCUUCGUCUUUGGAUUAGCAUACUCAGCAACCUGGGGUAUCGUCGGCAAGAUCUACGCUUCGGAGAUUCAACCAGCUGCCACGAGGUCUGCAGCAAGUGCUGUUGCUCAAGGACUCGGCUUCUUCACAAACUGGAUCGUCGCCAUCAUCACGCCUGUGCUACUUGCCAAAUCAAGCUAUGGAGCUUACUUCUUGUUUGGUGGCAUCUGCUUUGCCAGCGUCUUGGUCUUGAUGUUCAGUAUGCCUGAAACUCGAGGUCUAAGUCUCGAAGACAUUCAGCGGGCGUUCUUAGUUCCAGGCACGGCGCAAAGAGGGAGAUUGGUCAGUGUGCUUAGGAGAUGGGCCGGUCUCGGCAACUCUGAAAGUGCUGCUGGAAACUCUCAGGCAAACGAGUCGGCCCUUGAACUCCGCGAUGUGGGCGAUUUGCUGAACCAAGGCACUGCUGCCAGUGUUGCGGAAACAGCUUCUGUCGAAAGCGGAAGCGAUAGAGUUGUCACAGUCUAG